CACCAUCUGCGCGGGCUAGUGCUUGAUUUUCUCUCCCAGCUCGACCAGAGACCUGGGAAGGUCGUCGACACCCAAAGUGCGGGCUGUCAGUGGCUGUGAGUUCCCACGGUUGAACUUGUCUGCCGCCACUGUUUCCAUCCCAGCGCGGAUGUCCCGAGAAUCGAAUCCCGAUUAACCUGUCAAAAAGAAUACCGUGCUUCCAUGCUGGGUGGGUCCUGUGGGUGGGGUGUGCUGGUACAAUGGUAGGCAAGCCGGGUGCAGUAUCCUGGUCGAAUAUGCUGUGAUCCAUCGGUGCACUAGGCCGAACAAUCGCCCCAAGCUGCACUCUAUAAAACGUUAAGCCACUCGGGGCAUAGUCCAGACAGAAACCCAACAACAACACCCACCCAUCCACCCACUGCAAGAUGCACACCUUCGCUACUCUCCUCACUCUCCAACUCGCACUCGUAUCCGUCGCCCUCGGUGCGCCCACCGCGAACGCCCCGCGCGCUGCCUGCGCGGACGUCAUGGUCGUAUUCGCGCGCGGCACGACCGAGGCCGCGCCGAUCGGGAGCGUCGCGGGGCCGCCGCUCCAGUCGGCGCUCACCAGCGCGCUCCGCAGCUCGGGCAAGACCCUCUCGUUUGCGGGCGUCAGCUACCCUGCCGACGUGCAAGGAUUCUUGGCCGGCGGCGACCCGCAGGGCUCGAAGACCAUGGCCGCCGACCUCACGAACGCGGCGAACUCGUGCCCGAAGGCCGCGCUCGUGACGGUCGGCUACAGCCAGGGCGGCCAACUGGUCCACAACUCGGCCAAAAUGCUGUCCUCCAACGUAUCCUCCCGGAUCAAAGCCGCAGUGAUCUUCGGCGACCCCGACAACGGCACGGCCGUCGCGGGCGUCAGCGCGGCCAACACCAAGAUCAUAUGCCACACCGGCGACGACAUCUGCGCGCACGGAGACAACAUCCUGCCGCCGCACUUGACGUACGGCCAGGAUGCGUCGGCUGCGGCUGCUUUCAUUGUCAGCAAGGUGUAGCUUAACCCAGAGAUUCUAAUCCUCCAAAUUCGCAACGUGAAGAAAGAAAGGAAAGUAUGGGCAGUGAGAAUAACUGAGUCGCUGGAUACGAAUGUUUAGUCUAUGUA